AUGACUCCGGCUGAGCUCGUAAACAUUAAACAGGAGAAGGAUGAAACCUUGAAAGCUUUCAUGCAUAGAUACAAUGAGACGGCUAGGCGCGUAAAAGAUGUGAAUCACACGUUUAUAAUAAACAAUCUACCUUCGUGUUUAAGGCCAGGGUAUUUCGCUGAACAGUUGUAUGCAGAUCCUCCAAAGUCUAUGGAAGAACUCCAGGCAACGAUCGCGAAAUUCAUACGCAUUGAGGACCUUAGAAACUCAAGAAAAAGGCAACAACAAGAAAAUCCUAACAGUGGUACCAAGAAAGAUACGAAGCGGUCGUCCCACGACUAUAAAGCUGACAGACCUCCUCGAAAGGAGUCGGGGUGGACACCCAAAUACGAUCGUUAUACUUUCCUCAACGCGCCCAGAGCAAAGGUACUCGAAGAGGCGCUGCACGCAGAACUCCUCACUGUUCGGCAAAAGACCACUCCAAAGAAUGCUGAUGGAAGUAAAGCAUUUCGUCUUCAUCUAAACCUUGGCCAUGACACCGAAGAGUGUAACAUAGUAAAAGAUGAGAUACAAAGACUCAUCCGUGCAGGGUACCUCCAAAAAUACAUAAAGGAGAGAACAUCCACCAGGGCAGCAACCCCCAUCAGGAAGGAAACCUCGCGGAGAAGUCCCGAACGAUCGCCUCACAAGGACGACUGA